AUGGCGGAAGCUGUAACGACCACUGACCUACAGGGUGCCCUGCCACUCAUUGCUCGGGGAAAGGUGCGCGACUUGUAUGAAGUCGACGAGAAGACCCUCCUCUUCGUUGCCAGUGACCGCAUUUCCGCCUACGAUGUGAUCAUGGAAAAUGGCGUUCCGAACAAGGGUAUUCUUCUCACCCUAUGCACCAAGACCUGGUUCAAGAUCCUGUCGGAAGCCCUUCCCACGCUGCGCACCCACUUUAUCACUCUCGACCUCCCUCCCCAGAUUCCCGAAUCACUUCGACCUAUGCUGCAGAACCGGAGUAUGCAGGUGCGUAAACUACGCAUCCUGCCGAUUGAAGCCAUUGUCCGCGGUUACAUCACCGGCUCCGCCUGGAAGGAGUACCAGAAGUCUGGCACUGUGCAUGGUAUCAAGGUUGCGCCCGGAUUGAAGGAGAGCGAGGCCUUCCCCGACGGCCCGAUCUAUACCCCCAGUACCAAGGCAGAGCAGGGUGAGCAUGACGAGAACAUCCAUCCGGAUCAGGCUACUGCGAUUGUCGGAGAGCCCUACGCCUCGACUAUUGCCACGCUCGCUGUACAACUGUAUAAGGCGGCUCAUGCUUACGCUCUCGAGCGCGGUGUUAUCAUUGCCGAUACCAAGUUCGAGUUCGGUGUCGAUGAGGAGACGAAUGAGGUCGUGCUGGCUGACGAAGUGCUGACUCCGGAUUCGUCCCGUUUCUGGCCCAAGGACACCUACGAGAUCGGUCGUGGUCAGUCCAGCUUUGACAAGCAGUACUUGCGUGACUGGCUUGUUUCUCAGGGACUGAAGGGCAAGGAGGGUGUGCGGAUGAGCGAUGAAGUUGCGCAGAAGACCGCAGAGAAGUACAAGGAGGCAUGGGAGAAGCUUACCGGCGGCAACUAA